UAAUCCCCUCACCAUACAUCAAAAAGUCAGCCGAAAAUAAAAACAAUCUCCGGUCAUCUCCCUGUCCGUGUGAACUUUUUUCCAAAAAAUAUAUAAAAGGGAAUAAAGGCCUAUUUCCAAGAACGCCUUCCAAGGAGAAGGGCUCCAAUCAUCAUCUCCUUGGGCGCCGCCGUCUCCUCCUCAUUGCUGUCUCUCCCUCAACGCCUGUUCACUUUCUCUCAGGAUCAAAAGAUGGCUGGAAAAUCUAACAAGGCCAAAAACAAGGGGAGGGCCUUCAAGUCCAAUCUUGCUGAUUCUUGGGAAUCAGAAUCAAAGCCACUUGAUUCAUCUCCAUCCUUGAAUGGUGGUGCUCGUGCUGUGGUAGCAUCUAACGGUGAUGCCAAUGGGGUUGGAGACACAAGCAGUAAGUCUCCUGCAGCAAAUGGGGUUAUCAGUGAUAAGGUAGAGAUGGAAAAUCUUUCGGCAACAACAUCCAAGCAGGCUGAAGGUGAGAUUCAUCUUUACCCUGUUUCUGUGAAGACACAAUCUGGGGAAAAGCUAGAGUUGCAGCUAAGUCCAGGAGAUUCUGUGAUGGAUAUCAGACAGUUCCUUCUUGAUGCUCCAGAGACCUGUUUCUUUACUUGCUAUGAUUUAAUUCUACAUACUAAAGAUGGUUCGGUUCAUCAUUUAGAGGAUUACAAUGAAAUUUCUGAAGUUGCAGAUAUUACUGCUGGUGGUUGCACCUUAGAGAUGGUUGCUGCAUUAUAUGAUGAAAGAUCCAUUAGGUCACAUGUACGCCGUGCCCGAGAAUUGCUCUCUCUUUCAACUCCUCAUGUCUCAUUAUCAACAUUGUUAGCUUUGCAGCACAAAACUGCACCACAAAAAGUUUCAGAUGUGAAAACAAAAACUCCGGAUGGGUUAGGUUUCAUGGAGGAUUUUAUGGGUUCCCUCCACAAUUUGGUGACACCAAUACCUCAUGAGAUCAAAUGUGUGGAAAGCAUUGUAUUUUCUUCUUUCAACUCUCCUCCAACUUACAGAAAGCUAGUUGGAGAUCUGAUCUAUAUUGAUGUAGUAACAUUAGAAGGAAAUAAGUUUUGCAUCACAGGGACGACAAAAGCUUUUUAUGUGAACUCUAGCACAGGGAGUAUAUUGGAUCCAAGACCAUUAAAGCCUGCUUAUGAAGCAAGUACCCUAAUUGGUCUAUUGCAAAAAAUCAGCUCCAAGUUCAAGAAAGGUUUUCGUGAAAUUUUGGACCAGAAAGCUUCUGCACAUCCUUUUGAAACCGUCCAAUCCCUGUUGCCACCAAAUUCAUGGUUGGGGCACUAUCCCAUUCCUGAUCAUAAACGGGAUGCAGCCAGAGCAGAGGAUGCCUUUGCUCUUUCUUAUGGAAGUGAAUUAAUUGGCAUGCAGAGAGACUGGAAUGAGGAAUUACAAUCCUGUCGGGAAUUUCCUCACAAUACUUCUCAAGAGAGGAUACUGCAUGGCAGGGCUCUUUAUAAAGUGACAUGCGAUUUCGUUGAUGCAGCAAUUAAAGGAGCAAUCGGUGUCAUCAACAGAUGUAUACCCCCUAUUAAUCCAACUGAUCCAGAAUGUUUCCAUAUGUAUGUACACAAUAACAUAUUCUUUAGUUUUGCUGUGGAUGCUGACCUUGGGCAGAUAUCAAAAGAUCAAGGCUCGAGUAGUAAGUUAAAUUCUUGGCAUUUUGUUGACAACUGCAAUGAUGCGGCCUCACCUGAUUUGUUGGCAAAGGCAUCAGAUAAUACUUCUGAUGCAUCUGCUGAGACACAGAUUUCUGACAAUGAACAAGCUACAUAUGCUUCUGCAAAUAAUGACUUGAAAGGAACUAAAGCUUACCAGGAAGCUGAUGUUCCUGGACUUUAUAAUCUUGCCAUGGCUAUAAUUGAUUACAGAGGUUACAGAGUGGUAGCACAGAGCAUUAUCCCUGGCAUCCUUCAAGGAGAUAAAUCUGAUUCCCUUCUAUAUGGUUCUGUUGACAAUGGCAAGAAAAUUUGCUGGGAUGAAUCAUUUCAUUCCAAGGUAGUAGAGGUUGCUAAGCGCCUUCAUUUGAAGGAACAUGCUGUUCUGGAUGGUUCUGGCAAUGUUGUCAAAAUAGCUGCUCCAGUGGAAUGCAAGGGUAUCAUUGGCAGCGAUAACAGGCACUAUGUUUUGGACUUAAUGAGGGUGACUCCUCGUGAUGCAAAUUGUACGGGACCUGCACACCGAUUUUGUGUCUUGAGGCCAGAACUUGUUGCUUCCUUUUGUGAGGCUGAAGCUGCACAGAGCUCACACUCUAGACCUAAAAUUGCAGGAGAGGCCACAGAGACACCUAAUUCUCAAAAUUGUAGUUCUCAUGUGAUGGAAACACCUGUAGAAGCGCAGACAAAAGCUAGUGAAGAUUGUGCUUCUGCACCUUCUGAAGCUCAGACACCGGGCAAAGAUAUACUUCUGAAUCCAAAUGUCUUUACCGAGUUCAAGCUGGCAGGUAGUCAGGAGGAUAUUGCUGCAGAUGAAACAAUUGUGAGGAAGGCUGCUUCAUAUCUUAUAGAUGUGGUUCUUCCAAAGUUUGUUCAAGACCUUUGCUCCCUUGACGUCUCACCCUUGGAUGGCCAGUCAUUAACUGAUGCACUACAUGCUCAUGGAGUAAAUGUUCGCUAUCUUGGAAGGAUUACUGACAUGAUCAAACAUUUACCUUACUUAUGGGAUAUAUGUUCCGGUGAGAUUACUGUUAGGUCAGCAAAACAUAUUUUAAAGGAUAUACUACGGGAAUCACAGGAUCAUGAUCUCAGGCCAGCAAUUGCACAUUUCUUCAAUUGUUUUGUGGGAAAUGUUUCACAUGUUGGCACAAAGGGCAGCACUAACAAUACACAGUCGAAAAUCCGAAAAAAGGGCCAAGAGAGCCAUCAAUCUCCACUUAAGUCUGGAAAGGGGCAAAUGAGGUGGAGUCAUGGAGCAUCAUCUACAAAAGGUCACUCAGCACAUUUGCUCUGGACCUCUGAAGGACUGUGGUCUUACAUUCAGGAAUUUGCUAGAUUCAAAUAUCAGUUUGAAUUACCAGAUGAUGCAAGGAUACAAGUAAAAAAGGUUGCAGUCAUUCGUAAUUUGUGCCAAAAGGUAGGAAUAACAAUUGCUGCACGCAAAUUUGAUCUUGAUUCUUCAGCACCAUUUCAAACCUCGGAUAUUCUAAAUCUCCAACCAGUUGUGAAGCAUUCAGUUCCAGUGUGCUCAGAAGCAAGGAAUCUCAUGGAAGCAGGGAAAGCCCGACUGGCUGAGGGAUUGCUAAAUGAAGCCUAUAUCCUUUUUUCUGAAGCAUUUUCUUUGCUUCAACAAAUUACAGGUCCUAUGCACCCGGAUGUUGCUAACUGCUGUCGCUAUCUUGCGAUGGUUCUAUAUCAUGCUGGCGACAUGGAAGGAGCCAUAGUGCAGCAGCACAAAGAACUAAUAAUAAACGAGCGCUGUCUCGGUCUAGAUCAUCCUGAUACUGCACACAGCUACGGAAACAUGGCUCUGUUCUACCAUGGCCUCAAUCAGACUGAACUUGCUCUGCAGCAUAUGUCUCGAACAUUGCUCCUGCUAAGUUUGUCAUCAGGCCCUGAUCAUCCUGACGUUGCAGCAACUUUCAUAAAUGUUGCUAUGAUGUACCAGGAUAUUGGGAAUAUGAAUAUUGCACUCCGUUAUUUGCAAGAAGCACUAAAAAAGAAUGAGCGCCUUCUUGGUCCUGAGCAUACUCAAACUGCUGUGUGUUACCAUGCUCUUGCCAUUGCAUUUAACUGUAUGGGUGCCUAUAAACUUUCUAUUCAGCACGAAAAGAAAACUUACGACAUACUUGUCAAGAAACUUGGAGAGGAGGAUUCAAGAACAAAAGAUUCAGAAAAUUGGAUAAAGACAUUUAAAUUGCGUGAGCAGCAGGCAAGUGCACAGAAACAAAAGGGGCAGGUGGUGAAUACGGCUUCUGCCUUGAAGGCUAUUGAUAUUUUGAAGGCAUUCCAGGCUGUGGCUGGGGGGUCUGGAAAUGCCAGCGCAUCAUCAGUCAACAAAUCCCUUAAUGCAGCUAUAAUUGGUGAGGCCCUGCCUCGGGGAAGGAGUGUUGAUGAACGAGCAGCUCGAGCAGCAGCAGAAAUCCGAAAGAAAGCUGAAGCUAGAGGUCUCCUUGUACGCCAGAAUGGUGUCCCUGUCCAAGCUCUUCCCCCACUGAGUCAACUCCUUGACAUCAUUAACACUGGGGCUGCUGCAUCUGAAGCUCAACCAAAUGCCCAGGCAAAUGAACCCAAUGGGGAGGCGAGCAAUAGCUCCACCUUAAAUGCUACUUCAGUUGGAACAAAGGAUACCAAUGGGUCAGCUGAGAACAAUGAAGAUCGAGCUCCUGUUGGUUUAGGAACGUCUUUAGGUUCAUUGGAUGCAAAAAAGCAAAAAUCAAAACCACAGGCUACAGCUUGAGGAAGGAAAUGAUGGCGUUUUUAUCAGUUAGGCUAUAUAGCCUGCAGUUUUGGACAUGGAUGUGAUUUUUAAGGACCACAGAACAUUUUAUGCUUCAUUGGGGGUAAAUUGAUGAUAAUAAGUUAACAUUCUCAUUCAGUCAUGAAGAUUUUUAUAGGAUGACAUCAGCUGGAAUCAUGAAGAUCCAGAUAGAUGCUGAAGUUUGUUCAAUUGAUGUUCUCAUGAAUUACUCGUUUGGAUGCUCUAGAUUCUAGCAAAGAUUCAACCUCCAGUUGACAGUAUGGACUCACCUUGGGUUUCAUUUCCAAUAAGUGGUUGCUUAGACAUUUGAAUCAAGAACGGCAGAUGCGGCAACCAGACAAGCUUCUCUUCAUACAGGUCGUUAUUACUUUCUAAAUGAUGUAUUUUGCACAAUAUGUCAGAAGAGCAUGGCCAGCAGGGUCUUGUAACUUGUAAAAUAUGGGACAUAGGCCAGUUCAUGAAUCCUAAAAAUAUUUAUUUUGGAAAUGCGACAUUCGAGUGCUAUUAUUAGUCGCUUUU